AUGGAUUCCAACCAAGAGGAGGGCCAGGGCUCAGGAAAGGGCAAAGGAAAGGGUCGUAGUACCAGGAGCAAAGGCACCGAUCAGAAUGACCAUUCACUCUCGGUCGAUUCAGGGUCCGCACUCGACCAACACCAUGCCUCGUCCACCACAGACAGGAACCCACUUUUGACGCGCCUCAGCCAGAACUCGGCCGAGCGGGCACACAUUGCCGCGUUCGGAACCCAGCUUGGACCCGAGGGUAUGCAGGCUCCACAGGUGAUUGGAGACUUUGUAGGAAUCAGCAGCAGCAGCAGCAGCAGCAGCAUCAACAUCAGCAGUAGCACCGGCAGGAACGGAGGAGCUGCUGCUGCUGUCGCCAUCAGCACCAGCAGUAGUACCAUUGGAGUUGCGGGCCACUCCAACGUGGAUUUGCAUGAGGUUUUGGAGAGUAUCCGAAUCGAGGGCGAAGACGAGGAAUUUAACGAGCUAGAUGCUGAGGAUGAUGGCGAAGAUGAAGAUAUGACUGGUUGGUCGACACAGACGGGACCAGAGGGUAUGAGUGCCGCCAUGCGUGCUGAGGCAUUGUCAGCAAUAUCCGCCGUGGAUCCACAGCAACUCAUAGGCGCAGCAGGCGAGGGGUCACCAUGGGGCGCGCUGGAGGGAUUCGAACAAGGCAUGGUGGACGACGACGAUGAGUUGGACGAAAACGACCCAGCGCUUGAGGAGCUUGGACUUUCACUCGCUCCCAGGACGCAGAAAGAAAAGAGACGAAUGAAACGAAAGGGCGAAGUCAUCUAUCCACCCGAGAUUCAAAAGCUGCUGGGCAUGGCAAACCACGCAUAUGUCAGCAAGGACUACAAACUGGCCGUUGAUCUAUUCCAACAGGUCAUUGUCACCCACCCCAGCGUCUUUCAAGCAUGGAAUAUCAUGGGAGUUAUCCAGGAGGAAUUAGGAAAUACUGAAAAGGCGCUGCAGCUGUACCUCGUCGCUGCCCAUUUGACCCCAAAGGAUGGAGCACUCUGGAAAAAACUAGCUGUCAUAUCCAAAAACUGUGGCUAUGACCAGCAAGCGCUCUACUGUUUCUCACGAGCAUACAGGGCUGACAAGCACGACAUGGAUGCGCUCUGGGAUCGCUCUGUGAUGUACCAAAUUUUGGACCAGCCUAACAAAGCCAUCCAGGGCUUCCAGAAGCUCCUCAAGGUCAAGCCGCAUUAUAUGCCCGCGCUGGAGGAACUGGUCAAGAUCUACAGUUCACUUGAACAGGAUAAUAAGCGUUAUCGGGAGAAUAUGCACCAAGCUAUGGUCGACUAUGAGGCAGCAUACCUACAUUAUUCCUCGCUUCCGGAUCGGUUUUCAAACCCCAACGGAGACCCAUUCGACAUCACGGACGAGGACGAUCAGGCGGAGCAACAGAAUGAACCAUUUGGAUACUCGGCCCUUAAUAUGCUGAGCGAGCUCUACAUCAUGUUUGAGGAGUACGAAAAGCCCAUUACGAUGAUUAAGACUUGGUCUAGACGGUUACAGCGGCGAUCGCAUCAGACGUGGUGGGAUGACUACAAGGAUGACCGCGAGUUUGACACGGAUCCGGACGAUGAGGAUCUUCAGGCAUCUCUAGGAGAAAACCGGACGAGAGGACUUCCUGUUGAUCUUCGAGUCAAGCUUGGUAUCUGCCGCUUGAUGAUGGAAGAAGUCAAGGAAGCAAAGGCCCAAUUCAGGUACCUGUGGAAGUGCAGUGUCGAGGAUUUCCCAGAUUUGUACGAGGAGAUUGCAGAGCUUUACGUCAGCAAACAGAUGUGGAAGGAAGGCUACAACGUUAUCCGCGCCAUGCUGCAGUUUGACGAGAUGGAUAUCCUCAAGAAUUGGGUCAUGGCUGGAGAAUGUCUUCGACAUAUGGACCAGCUGAAAGACGCAAAGGACUAUCUGGAACAGGCUCACCGUGCCGAUCCCUCCAGCGUGGAUGUCAGUAUGAUUCUCGCAGAGGUGUAUGAAGAGAUGGGGAACCUUCCACAGGCCUUGACGCUCGUCAACUAUGUACGGCAAGCCAACGCGGAGAAGCAGGCCCUAGCAGAGAGACGGCGUAGAGAAUUUCGGCUAGCCAAGGGGAAGGAAGGCUUCAAAGGUAUCCAACCAGUGCAGCCGUAUCUGGACACAGAGUAUGCGCUAGACCCACGAUAUCGAUCAAUUAUACCCCAUGCAUGGUUGAAUAGGCCGGGUGGCCGUUGGAAGCCUGGUUCGGAAGCUGCGCGAGCCCUUGAGCGUAUUCAGGAGGCUAGUCGAAGCAGAGCUGCAGCUGAGCGAUACAGUAGCGCAGACAGGGAGCGCGAUAUCCAGUUGCUGAAGAGCAUGCGUGAACUGGAGCGUGCUGAAAGGCUGGCGGCAAAGGAGAACGAGGCGCAGGAGCUACGGGAUGUAAUCGAAAAGUUCAACCAGCUCGAGAUCAUCUUCCAGCGGAUCGACCAGAAGGAGAAAUCUAGGGUCUGGGAUAAUAGGCGAGAGGCCGUCAAGAUGACUCGAGAGGACAGGACCCAGUACAUCCAGGUGGCUAGGGAUCUGAUCAACGUCUUCAGGAGCAAUCGCGGGUUCUUUCCGAAACAGAGGACAAAGCCAUAUCUUGGUGUCGAGUCGCGCUCGUGGAGAUUCAGGAAGCAUGCAAGCGAUAUUGACGCUGUGCUGUCGGAGCAAGUCUCGGAAAUGUCGGAGCGUUUGGGCCGGGCGAUGGGCGUCACUCCACCCAAGUCAAGCGCAGAAGAAGCCAUUGAGAACUCUGGAAUCGUACCCCCGACAACGUACAAGGAUGUCUCGUUCGAUGCAUGGUACAUGCUCGUCAUUCGGCAGGCGGUCUAUUUGACGUACGAGGAUCGUUACGCAGAAGCAGCCGAGCUCUUGAUGGUGAUGUUCAGCGCAAACGUCUUUUACAUCAAUCCUCGUCGGCGAUCAGGCAUCAUGCUUGUCCUGCUUGCGUGUGCUAUGUGGGCUGGCGAUGCUGCUGCGGUGUUGAAUGCUGGACGCUACCUGGCCAAUUUCGGUGGCAGUCGUCCGUUCCCGAUCAAGAUAUACCAAGCGGUCUUCACAACUGGGCCCCGUAACCACCAGAAGUACGGAGCUUGGGUCCAGAACGUCACGUACAAGUACUUGAAGCGACAAAUCGGCAGGAUGCGUACGGCUAUCGGCAAGGCUUCGCAGAGGAUGAUGCGCAAGGUUCGCAAACCUGUCCGUAAACCUCGGGUUGGGGGAAAAAAGAGGAGCUACAGGAAGGUCUUUCAGCUCAUGCCGGCCUCGCAAGGCUCCCCAAACAAGAAGCGCAAGAGUGAUGUCCUACCAAGCAGGAGCUCGGCGCUCGCAACAUUACCAUGGAAGACAUUUAGCUCCUUCCCUCAGCUCAACACUCCAGGCGAAUCUGAGAACACCGACAUCAGAAUCGAACAGGGUGUAGAUGAUCAGCCAGAGACGUCAACAGCUCUUUCGGAACAGCGGAUGAUGUUCGACUUCACGAUUAGCUUGCCUGAGAAUAGCUCACGGAGGUUACGUGCAAAGGACUUGUUUGCAGAGAAGGAGCUUCAAUCUCAAGUAGUUUCAGAGCAAGCAGACGGCAUAGCUGUCGAGGAGUCAGCGUCGACGACGCCACGGAAAAAGAGGCUGCUGGAAGAUGAUGCUGCUGGCGGUUCGGGGCAAGUUGAGGCUGUGGGUGGCCAGGAUGACCAGGACGAAGCUGGACAGGACGAGGAAUUUGAUGAUGACGACGAUUACGAUGUUGGCGACGAGGCAUAUAAGACUGAAGAAGAGGAGGAGGAGUCUGACGCAGACGAUUUCGGCGACGGAGAAUGGGAUCAAGACGGCUCUGGUUUCCCCAAGUCCAGAGCCAAGAUAUUUGGAAAGGUCAGCCGGCGCAAUAUCUCGAACGCUGACGACGACGAGGACGAUGGCGAUGACGACGACGGAGGUGAAGUCGGCGGCAGCGUUGUCCGAAGAGCAUUGGCUGGUCGCCGCCGAUCUGCCGGUCAAAAGGGAACUGAGAGCGCCCUUUCAAGGACUGAUGAAGACAUGGACGCCAUAGGGAGCAAGAGACAGGGAAGGGCGCAUUUCACGAGGGAGAUGUACAAGAAGUUCAAUAUCGGGAUGGUCAUGUUCUUUGGACAUGUACUGGCCCAGUCGCGAUCCCACGUUGGCAGUGCGGCUCAAUUUGCCGAGUGCAUGGACUACGCGCCCUAUAACCCCAUGAUCCACCUGUACCUUGGGAUCCAGUUCCUGAACUUGGCGAUGCAACGCACAACACCGAAUCGGCAGAUGACCUUGGCCCAGGGAUUGUUGUUUUUGCAGAACUACUAUCGCCUACGCAAGGAAGGAUAUGGCACGCUGAUGUUUUCGGAACGGGAGAAGGAGAACAAAGCCAAGGGUAUACCAAGCCCACCACCGCCCAUCAAGCCCGUCCGCUCAAUCAUUGGUGUCCAGGACGAAGAACCCGAUUGGACCGCACAGGCUACCAAGGCCUCCAUGGAGGCCAUUUCAUCCGAUACCUCGCCUACGACGUCUGCUCAAUCGAUAGCAGCACAGAAAACAGCAGCACCUUCGAAAGUCCCACCAACUUUAGGAGCACCGACUACAACGACGUCUUCAUCCUCAUCCUCAGAGAGUAAUUCUGCCCCACCAGAGAACCCACCGCUGAGGCAAUGUCAGCAAGAGGCAGAGUUCAAUUUCGCGCGCGCGUUCCAUCAGAUGGGCCAGAACCAGCUUGCGAUGAUCCACUAUCGAAGGGUGCUCGAGUUGCCCUCGUGGCGGGUUGUCGAGCGCGAACAGCAGGUGUUGCGCAAGAAACAGCAGGACGAGGAGAAGGAGAUGAGGCGGAAGGCACGUGCGGAGGGUCGUGCUCAUGCGCUGGAGAGGAAGAUGAGGCGUGCACAGGAGAGUCGCGAUCGUAAGGAAGCCAGGCGGAUCCAGAUGGAGGUGGCCAAGGCUUUGGGGACGACAGACGUGAGCGAAGUAGUCGGCGGUGAAGAUGGAGAAGAUGAUGAAGAGGAUGAGGAGGAUAUGGAUGGAGAAGAAGAAGAAGAAGAAGAAAAAGAAAAAGGAGGGGAGGACGGUGUGGGCGAGGAGGAAGAAGGGGAGAAGAAGAACGCAUCGGAAAACAAAGUACCAAGUCGGAUUCAAUUGCGGGACUCUGAAGAGGACGAUCCCACGGAUUUGAAGCGUGAGGCGGCCUUUAAUUUGGCAAAAAUCUACCUGCAGAGCGGUGCUGUGGGCGAAGCGCAGCUUUUGAUGCGCAAAUAUUGUACAAUCUAG